UCGUGAGUAGAUUCGUAUGGCUGGUCGUGACAGAACGCCAAGUAUCCCACGGCUGUAGCCGCCGCGCCGCGAACCAACGUCGUCCACCACUUCCCGAGUGACGAGGUCUCCGCCGCACUCUUCUCGCUGCUCCGGCGACGACGUUGUUUGAAGAUGAGCUCGCUCCACCGCCGUCGAUGAUCCCUCUCUCGCCUCUCUAUCGCCCCCCUCCGCGGUAGCUCCGUUUUCGACUCUCCUUGGUUGACCCCCGAUUCUAGGUUGGGGCAGUGCCAGAUUUGUCUGCUUUAGAAGCCGGUGAUGGACUCAUCUUGGGGUAUCCGGCCGUAUCCCGCGCUUGAUUUCAGCAUAGUUUCGAAUCGUGUGAGGUUUGGAUACAGAGGGCGAAGCGGUUGUUUAGUUAGGGAGUCUGGAGUUCAAUUUAAGUCUUGUUCGUUGCGGAGGAAUUUGUUGAGUUUUUCGACUGCAGCUUAUGGGAGAGAUUGCGUGGACUUAUUUAGAUUUUCAUGGAGAGAUUUUGAAGGCAAUUUGUUACAGUUUAGGAAAGUUUCCAAGCGACCCAUGUUGUUGAACUGCCAUUCCAAUGAUUUUGCAGCUCAUGUUGGCGCUAACAAAGAGGAUACUAGUGCAAAUGAAGAUGGAUUAGUAGAUGAGCAAAAGUCUCCAGUGGAAGAAUCGGAGGUAGUGCCUGCUUCUGAUUCUAAGCUGAUUGGCUCUCCGGCCGAGGAAAAGGAUGCCUAUCAUCUGGAAGAACUCAGGGAAUUGCUCCAGAAAGCUAUCAAAGAGUUGCAGGUUGCUAGUCUGAACAGUACCAUGUUUGAAGAAAAGGCACAAAAAGUAUCAGAAACAGCAAUUGCAUUAAAAGAUGAAGCAGAACGUGCUUGGAGAGAUGUUAAUUCUGUGGCUUCUUCCAUUCAGGAGAUUAUUAACGAGGAGGAUGUUGCCAAAGAGGCAGUGCAGAAGGCCACCAUGGCACUCUCGAUGGCUGAGGCCCGGCUGCAGCUGGCAGUAGGAGCUAUUGAUUCAGAAAUGGAUCCAACAACAUUGUCUGAACCUUCCGUUGAGAGUAAUAAUUACCAAGAACUUUUGUCUGCUGAAGAAGAGAUUAGGAGCUGUCAGGAAAAUUUAGAAAGUUGCAAUGAAUCUUUGAGACACAUCCAAACAAGGAAACUAGAAUUGCAAGAAGAAGUAGAGAGGUUACGACAGAUUGCUGAGAAAGCUCAGUUAAAUUCAUUGAAGGCCGAGGAGGAUGUGGCAAACAUUAUGCUUCUUGCUGAAAAAGCAGUGGCUUAUGAAGUUGAGGCUACUCAACAUGUUAAUGAUGCAGAAUUGGUACUGCAGAAAGCUGAGAAAGCUAUCCCUUCCACUGAAGGUUUCGAUCAGCAGCCACAAGUUUCUCAAGACCAGAUAGGCAAGGAAGAGUCAAGCUCUGUGGAGGAGGUAAUGGCAAUUACUGCUGAUGAUGGUGUUACCGAAAGAGAUGAACACUUGGUUGGUGAAGAUAUGGCUUGUGAUGUAGCUGUUCAAAGCAUUGAAGGGGUGAAAUCAUAUGAUGAAAUGAGUGAUCAAGAGAAUGGAAAGAUGAUUCCAGAUGCCAUCAAAGAUGCUGAUACAGAGCUUAUGAAGGCAAAGAAGCAGGAACAACAAAAGGACUUGAAUAAGGAUAUCCCUUCAUCUCUUAAUGCACCCAAGGCAUUGUUGAAAAAGUCAUCUAGGUUUUUCUCUGCAUCAUUCUUUUCUUCUGACAUAGAAGAUGAAGAGUUCACACUUGCCUCUGUCUUCCAUGGUCUAGUUAAUUUUACAAAGAAGCAAGCACCCAAGUUAGUUGUUGGGAUGGUUUUUCUUGGGAUGGGGGCUUUCUUUAUAAGCAGUAGAGCAGAAAGGACCUCACAAUUGCUUCAUCAACCGGAUGUCUUAAGCAUUGAGGAAGUUGCCUCAUCUACCAAGCCUGUGGUUAGAGCAAUAAGAAAGCUCCCCAAAAGAUUGAAAAAGUUAAUUGAACUCUUACCUCAGCAAGAGAUUAAUGAAGAAGAAGCCUCUCUCUUUGACAUGCUGUGGUUACUUCUAGCUAGUGUUAUCUUUGUACCAGCAUUCCAGAAAAUACCUGGAGGCAGUCCAGUCCUAGGUUAUCUUGCAGCUGGCAUCUUAAUUGGUCCAUAUGGUUUUUCUAUCAUCAAGAAUGUUCAUGGGACAAAGGCUAUUGCUGAAUUUGGAGUUGUUUUUUUGCUGUUCAAUAUUGGGCUUGAGCUUUCGGUUGAAAGAUUAAGCUCAAUGAAGAAAUAUGUCUUUGGGUUAGGUUCUUCUCAGGUUCUAGUCACUGCUGUAGCUGUUGGAUUGGUUGCUCAUUUAGUCUCUAGGCAACUAGGUCCAGCAGCAAUUGUUAUUGGCAAUGGCUUGGCACUUUCAUCUACAGCAGUUGUGUUGCAGGUGCUGCAAGAACGAGGUGAGAGCACUUCACGCCAUGGGCGUGCUACUUUCUCUGUGCUGCUCUUCCAGGAUCUUGCAGUGGUGGUUCUUUUGAUUUUGAUACCUCUCAUUUCUCCGAACUCAUCAAAAGGAGGGGUGGGAUUUCAAGCAAUAGCAGAGGCUCUUGGGUUGGCUGCUGUAAAAGCAAUAGUUGCUAUUACUGCUAUAAUUGCUGGUGGACGCUUGCUUCUUCGACCAAUUUAUAAGCAAAUUGCAGAAAACCAAAAUGCUGAGAUAUUUUCUGCAAAUACUCUCCUUGUUAUUCUAGGAACUAGUCUUCUUACAGCACGGGCUGGACUCUCAAUGGCUUUGGGAGCUUUUCUGGCCGGUCUCCUCCUAGCAGAAACUGAGUUUUCCCUACAGGUUGAGUCAGAUAUUGCUCCUUAUCGUGGCCUUCUGUUAGGCCUCUUUUUCAUGACGGUUGGUAUGUCUAUCGAUCCAAAACUUCUUCUUGCAAAUUUUCCAGUUAUUAUGGGGGCAUUGAGUCUCUUAAUUGCUGGAAAGACACUGGUGGUUGCCUUAGUAGGUAGAUUAUUUGGUAUUUCAACUAUAUCAGCUAUAAGAGUAGGUCUUCUACUUGCUCCUGGUGGAGAAUUUGCAUUUGUCGCAUUUGGGGAAGCUGUAAAUCAGGGCAUCUUAUCUUCUCAACUUUCAUCACUACUGUUUCUGGUUGUUGGCAUUUCAAUGGCUCUUACACCAUGGUUGGCAGCUGGAGGCCAAUUGCUUGCUUCUAGAUUUGAGCAGCAUGAUGUCAGAAGUCUGUUGCCUGUUGAAAGCGAGACUGAUGACUUGCAAGAUCAUAUAAUCAUUUGUGGAUUUGGUCGCGUUGGGCAGAUCAUAGCCCAACUUCUUUCCGAACGGUUAAUCCCAUUUGUCGCUCUAGACGUCAGAAGUGACCGGGUAGCCGCUGGUCGUGCACUUGACCUUCCUGUGUAUUUUGGCGAUGCAGGGAGCAGAGAGGUUCUUCAUAAAGUUGGGGCUGAGAGAGCUUGUGCUGCUGCAAUAGCUCUAGAUACUCCUGGGGCAAAUUAUAGAACAGUUUGGGCUCUUAGCAAAUACUUUCCGAAUGUAAAGACAUUUGUUCGGGCCCACGAUGUUGAUCAUGGCAUUAACUUAGAGAAGGCAGGAGCAAGUGCAGUUGUACCAGAGAUUUUGGAACCAAGUCUCCAGCUAGCGGCUGCUGUUCUUGCAGAGGCCAAGUUGCCGACAUCGGAAAUAGCUGCCACAAUCAAUGAGUUCAGAUCCCGUCAUCUCUCUGAGCUUACCGAGUUAUGCCAAGCGAGUGGGAGCUCACUUGGAUAUGGGUUUUCACGAGUGAUGCCAAAGCCAAAGCCAAAGCCUCCGAGUUCAGAUUCAGAUGAAAUCGAAAUUAUGGAAGGAACAUUGGCGAUAUAAUCUCCACACUAGAUGACUACAUUAAUUUUGAAGCUUAUUUUUUACUAUGAAAUUUCCAAAAUGUACAGGGAAAAUUCAUAAAAUCUCAUGGCUUAUUUUUUUUAAAAAUUUCCAAAUAGGAAAAUUCUCUGUUUUCUAUUUAUUUUUUUAUUUUGUUUUAAAGAAACAUUUCUAGUAUUUAAAGUUGGCACCUUAAUCCUUGUAGUUGCUGAGACUGUAGCUUGCUAGAUUAUUCGAGUGAUUAUUUGAUCUUGCUCUA